AUGUCGAAUCCCCUACUUUUUGAUGGGUUGCCUAGAAACUCUACGGAGGAUGACAACGAUGAUGAGCCAGCAAUCGCCAAACCUUUCGCCCGGUUAUCAAGCCCUAAUCAGGGCACACGAGGAGUUGACCUCGAGGACGACAAAACCGGGGUGUCCGCCGACUACAAAAUGCAUAAAUUCAGUUUAUAUGAGACCGCUACUCGGUACUAUAUAGUGGGCGGUGAUAUGACGGAGAGGCGCUACCGUAUGCUGAAAAUUGAUAGAACUACGGAUGACUCGGACUUAAGCAUUACAGACGAUAAGAUUGUUUACAGCCAGCGUGAAAUGAAUCAGCUUCUCGAUACUAUCGACCAUGGGAACAAAGGAACCGGAGGGAUGAAGCUACGGUGCACCACUUGGGGCAUCCUUGGGUUCAUCAAGUUCAUGGGGCCAUAUUACAUGCUCUUGAUCACUAAAAAGUCUACGGUGGCAAUGAUUGGUGGGCACUACAUCUAUCAAAUCGAGGGAACUGAGCUGGUCCCAUUGACUACAGCCAAGUUCAAGCCCGAUGGUAGAAAUGCGGAGGAGCUUCGAUUCUUGGGUAUAUUGAAUAACCUUGAUCUCACACGGUCUUUUUACUACAGCUAUUCCUAUGAUGUUACCCGAACUCUGCAAUACAACUUGUCCCGAGACAGAGCUACCGCAUCGACCCAAGACCCUUCCGGCUGUAUUAGCCACAGCUUCAAUUCCAUGUUUGUUUGGAACUCGCACCUACUCCAUCCUGCUGCAGAAGCUCUGAGAGACCCCUUUGACUGGUGUCGUCCCAUAAUUCAUGGUUACAUUGACCAAGCAGCUCUUUCCAUAUAUGGACGCACCGCCCACAUCACCAUCAUUGCCCGAAGGUCAAGGUACUUCGCAGGAGCGAGGUUCUUGAAGCGUGGCGCCAACGACCUGGGGUAUGUGGCCAACGAUGUAGAAACAGAGCAAAUCGUAUCAGAGGCACUUACGACAUCAUUUCAUGCACCGGGCCCGCGCCUUUUUAGCAAUCACCAAUUCACAUCCUACGUGCAACAUCGAGGAAGCAUUCCUCUCCAUUGGACGCAAGAAACUGCCGGUGUAACCCCAAAGCCACCCAUCGAGCUUAAUCUUGUAGACCCAUUCUUUAGCGCUGCAGGCUUACAUUUUGAUAACCUCUUCGAGCGCUACGGCACCCCCAUCUACGCGUUAAAUCUUGUGAAGGCAAGAGAGCGUACGCCGAGAGAGUCAAAACUGCUGUUCGAAUAUACCAAUGCUAUUCAUUACUUAAACCAAUUUUUACCGGACAACAAGAAAAUCAUUCACAAAGCCUGGGAUAUGAGCCGUGCGGCAAAGAGCCAUGACCAAGACGUUAUCCGCACCCUAGAGUCAAUCGCGGAAGAAGUUGUGACAACUACUGGAUUUUUCGGAAUGGGGAUGGACUCGCCGUUCCAGGGCGAGCACAAAACGGUGUCGCGCGCACCAAUUGUAUCGAUUGUUUAG